AAUGGGCGUGUCUUCUGCUGUCUGUGAUCAGUUGGAGAUUUGAAAUACAGAACAACAACAGUCCGUUUUUUCCUGACAUUUCCAGGCUUUCCAAGGCUCAUCAACAAUUUAUGGUGCCAGUGAAAAUUUACAAAUUGACACUUGACGCUAUGGUCUGCGACUGAAAGCUGGAAGCGCUAACAGCAGAUAAAAACUCUUGUAACACCUGAGCUUGCUGCUGAACAAAGACAAGAGGGAAGACAGAGACAACAGCAAAGACAAAGAGAGGACAAAGAGAAAGCAGCAAUGUUCAAAACGAUCGCCCGUCUGAUUUUUGGGGCAGAGGAGCAGAGCUCUGAAGAUGUCAAGUCUGGAGAAGUGGUGGAAGAAGAGUGGCUUGUCGUAAAUCAUCAAGAGGCACGUUCGGCAGAAAACCAGGUUGCGGAGCUGACCGACACCCAACCAUCCGACUCGGCUCUUCGCGGAGACGCAGUUGCAAGCACGGAAACUGACAUCAGUGUUUUAGAUCCAGAGCCCACAGUUCAAAGCAGCAGCGCCUCCAGUCAAGCCAUCACAGGCUCCGUUUCUCAGCCAAAAGCCUUGCUAGAAGUCACGCAGUUAACCUGCAUCCAGAAGACUAAGACCUGGGCAGAUCGACACCACGUGACUCGUAACAGCAUUCAGCGCCAGAACCGUGUUCGCCAAGGAGUCCAGCAUCACUUCUUCCAUCUCCAACAGCCAGGACAUCGCAACCUCUGCCACUGAAGCUCCAGUUAAACAAAGCACCUACUAUAAUAACACACAUCUUAGUACUGUGUAGAUUUAACCUAUUCCAACACUUGACAACACUUCCCAGGUAGUAGGCAACUACAUUACUUGUACUUGUACUGUAUAUGAAUUUUGAAUGAAGAUGUUCAUCUCAUGAAAUGGGACGCAUCAUGUUUUCUUGUGUGUGCAUGUGAGUUAAUACAUGUGGAUGAGAAAUGUGCAGCCUAUGCAAAAUGUGUCCUCUAACAUUUUGGAGAACGUGAUGUGAUUUGUGUAUCAACAUGCAUUUACCUUCAUCUUCUUGGAUUAAAACCUUUUUUUAUAUGGCAAUAAAAACAACGACUUUUCA